CGGGUGUAAUAAUGUCGUGGUUUAGGACUACAAUUUGGGUUAAAACCGCAGACACACACAAACCGCAGAUACCACAGGUUUAAGAAGUGUGGGUGGCUCUGACAGCAGCGCGAGCAGGUGGAAGCCGCUCCGUGUCGCUGCUGCUGCCCCUUCAUAUGAAACACAAUCCAGUUGGGGAGGACGAAACUCUGCGCAGCCAGCAAGCAGGGGAAACGCAAACAUUAACUUAAUUCAUCAGCGCCGAUUGUUUGAGGACAGCGAGGAAGAAGCCGCGCCGAAGUGGGAUUAAUUGUGUCGCGUAUCCUGAGGGGAGAAACAAACAGGCAAAGAGAGAAAACUUCCUGAAAUGACCGGGCUUCUGUGAGACACAGAGCUUGACAACCCGGUGAAUCGAGUUUCCGAAGAAGUGCUCUCAUAUUUCAGUUGUCUCUCAGCGGCAAGAGGACUUGCUCGAGGCUGGCGGACUCUUUGGACCGCUAAUCAUCUGUGUACUUUGCCUGCGCUUUAAAACAUAAUUUUCCUCUGUCAACCCGCAGCCAAUAGAGCCAGUAUCUAAAAAGGAGUUGUUCCUCAAGUCCGCGGCAAUGGGGGAGCAGCCGAUCUACACCACCAGGGCCCACGUCUUCCAAAUCGACCCAACCACCAAGAAGAACUGGGUCCCUGCCAGCAAGCAGGCCGUCACCGUCUCUUAUUUUUACGACAGCACACGCAACAGCUACCGCAUCAUCAGCGUGGAUGGAUCCAAGGUGAUCAUCAACAGUACCAUCACACCCAACAUGACGUUCACUAAGACAUCACAAAAGUUUGGCCAGUGGGCGGACAGCAGGGCCAACACUGUAUUUGGACUGGGCUUCGCUUCGGAGCAGCAGCUGGCCAAGUUUGCUGAGAAGUUCCAGGAAGUAAAAGAGGCAGCCAAGCUGGCAAGGGACAAGUCUCAAGACAAGGUGGAGACGUUGAGCAAUCACUCUGAGGAGUCUGGACGUGAGACGCCCUCAACCAACCAGGCGUCCAGCAUUAAUGGGACGGACGAUGAGAAGAUCUCUCAUGUUGGUCCGGAGGCUGCUGUGCUGAAGACCGAGAAUGAACGUCUCAAGAGUGCAGUCGAACAAAGCAACACCAAUGCCAAGAAGUGGGAAACCGAGCUGCAGACUUUAAGAGAAAAUAAUGCCAGGCUGGUGGACGCACUGCAGGAGUCCUCCGCUAAUGUAGAGAGCUGGAAGAAACAACUUAGUGCCUGCAAGGAAGAGAGUGACACGCUCAGGGAAAAGAUUGCAGAACUAGAAGCUCAGUGCAACGAAGCCAAUCAGGAGAAACAGAAAAACGCCCAGCUGUCUGUACGAGUGCAGGAGCUGGAGACUGAGCUGCAGGACAAAGAGCAGGAGCUGGAGAACCUGAGGAAGCAGGCAGAGAUAAUCCCUCAGCUCAUGGCGGAGUGCGAGAGCAUCACUGCAAAACUGCAGACUGCCGAGACGAAGAACAAGGAGCUGGAGGGGAGGAUAGAAGGUCUUCAGCUGGACAUAGAUGACAGUCAGCAGAAGCAGGUCCACAUGAAGGGCGAGCUGAAGAAGUUCAUGGAUAUGCUGGAUGGAAAGAUAGAUGAGCUGCAUGAGUUCAGGCAGGGGCUCUCCAAGCUAGGUGUUGAUAACUGAGCAAAGUGGCACUGAGCUGAAAGGGUCAGAGGUCAGGUACGAAGGAUUCACUACAGUAUGUCUUCAGGGCAGAAACUAUGUGGCACCUACUCCCCCAAGGUGAUGUCCACUCAGACACUAUCAGCUUUGGCUUCUAAUAAACACUACCAUGUGAGAAAGAGAUGUUUUUGGGAGAGGGAGAGAGAGACUGGCAGGGGGAAGGCCAGCGUGCUCCACCAAAUGGCUCUGUAUUGUGUGCUGGCAUUCAGAAACUAAAUCAAGAGUCACACUUUGAGCUUACUUACCCGUUUCUGUGGGGGGAAACGGCUUUAAAAAGCUGGUGGUGGGUUCUUAGAUUCUGUCCAUCUGUCUUUUUUUCUGAAGGCUGCAGCACUUCUUCACAGGCAGUCUGAGCUUAGAGUAGAAGAGGGGACUUAAAAGGGCUAAAACGAAUAACACACAAAGACAAUGCUGUUCAGCAUCACUCAAGUAAUUGGUGUUAAUCCUUGUGGCCCCCUUGGAGAAUUAGAUCAAAUCUUUCUACAGACUGUCCUCGCUGUUGCCUCUUGUCUAUCUCAGGUGUGUUAGAAGACAGUUUGUACUCAUUAGAUUAUAUGCACAUACAUGACAAACGGCCGUGACACAAAGUGCCUCCAGGUGAGUCAAAAUCUACCUGGCAAGGAGAACUGGCCAAGUGAUGACCAUCACCAUAAUAAUAACUUGCUUUUUUUUGUGUGAGAAAACCUGAUGAAAAACAUCUUCAGUAAUAAAAUGAGAGGAGAGGAAGGCAGACAGGCGAGCCCAUCUCGACGGUGUUAAUGUGGUGAUAAACUCAAAGGUCAAAACAGGUGUUUUGCACAAAAACUAGUCUGAGGAGGGACUGCAGCAGGAAGUCAUCAACUCUCUUGUGGGUGUUUUCAGUAAACACUCAUUUUGAUUAUAUUUGCAUAAAGAAGGACAGCUCUCUUGUCUCAGGAUCUUUCCUUCAGACACAUCCAAACUAUAAUAAUAGGAGCCCCAUUUUCCCAUGAGUGUAGUGUAGUGUUCAGAGGACUUUGUGUGUGCAAUAGUAUUGUCGUCCAUACGUAGAACAAAAGACGUCUCCAAGGCUGUUGAUGUGCUUCCUACACACUAGUUUUUGUUAUGGUGGUGGUUAUUUUUGGGUGAGGGGACUUGGUGCUGCUCGAUGGGUGAAUAAUGUGAAAGUGUACUUCACUGAAAACAUUUAGAUGGCAUGGGCCUUUUCACUACAAACCCUGUCACAAUCUUGGUUUUUUGUUUUACAUAUUUAUUUAUUUUUGGUGCCUCUCUGCAACGAGUGUUUCUAGAACAUACCAAGUAAAUCAACCUUAACCUAAUGUCUCUAUAGAUGUACAAUAAUAUAUAAAGUAUACCAAACUGUCAGGAGGUUUUAUAAUCGAGGCUUUGUUUGCAGGACGGUGUCGCAGCUGCUCUUGGGAAAGUCCAUCUUGAGACAUUUGAAAUCAAAGGCAUAUGUUGUAGUGGCAUAUUUACUGGGUGAUAGUAUGAUGUUAUAUUUUUUCAUCACUGUUUUGAUCUAUGAAGGGACAUUUUUGCUUCUCUCUCUGUUUAACUCUAAUGUCACCUGAACCUGGAACACAAAGUAUGAUCCUUCCUUUUGAACCAAUGCCUCUUGUGCACUUUUGUGACUCCUGUUCAAUAUUGUACAAUAGAACUGACAAUUGUUAAAAUCUAGUUUAAUUACAA